GCCCAGGAUUUCCACGCAUGCUGGAAGCCGGGAUGCCUCAGCUUUUCUUGUUACUGAGGAAAUGGUUUGAAAUUCGCUCCUCGAGUGCAUUGCCCAGUUUUUGUUUGGCGUUCGAUCGCAAUCUAGUUAUAGGGAUCGAAGUAGAUGGGCGCUGUGGUGAGGGGAAAAUGGCCUCUGAGGUUUGCAAUGGGCCUGUUGGCGGGGUUUGGUGGCCUGUACGCCCUGUACAGCUUGGCAAAGCGGUGGCGGCAGCAGCAGGAAGACCGAGGCGUUGGUUGCUGUCAGUCCAAAACGCAAAAUUUACUCCGACGAGCGAUCGACUUGGGCGUCAACAGUCAAGAAACUGAGGACGGUCAUCAGGGGCAUGUACUUGUAAAUCCUCAUGAUGGUCUGGAACAGCAGCAUCUUCAAGUGAUUUUGGACCUUCUUAGGCGGACCUCUGAUACUUCCAUUCGAGAAAAUGUUCUCGUGACCAUUGGUAAUAGUGCUGCAUUCACUGUUAAUCAGGAUCUCAUUCGCAACCUCGGUGGUCUCAAUGUCAUUGCAAAUUGCUUGUUAGAUGAAGUCACGUCUGUCAAAGUUAAGGCAAUGAAUGCUCUGACAAAUCUGUCCCUUAAUGUUGCUAAUCAAGAAGAACUGAAGAUUUGGAUCCCUCAAAUUUUGAAGAUCCAAGAAGCUGCUACAUUAAACUCUGAGUUACAAGUCGCUGGCCUCAGAAUGCUAACUAAUAUCAGUGUUGUCAGUACUCAUCACCAUUUGAUGAUCAACUACAUUCCUCACUUUCUUAAGCUCUUAGUAGAAGGAACUGAAAAUGUAAAGGUUCAGGCAUUGAAAAUCCUGGUAAAUUUGUCUACAGAUCCAGAGUUAACACAUGACCUUCUAUGUGCUCAGGUAUCUGUCGAGAUGGUAAUUAAAUCUUCUAAAUCAAUCUUACCUUGGGCAUUAGUCCAAAAAGAGUGUUGAGAACAUAAUCCAGUCUAAAAAAGGUAUGAUGGCUAGCCAGCAUUUCUGAAGUAUUUUGAAAAAUCACUGUAAAUUGAUGUGAUGUGAUACUGCUGCCUCUAUUUGAAUACUUAAGUUGUGAUAUUUCUAUUUGUAUGGAAUGUUUGAAAAGUGGAUAAAUUGUAACUUGAAAAGAUAUGCAAGUUAAAAACACUUCCCCAUAUAGUUACCCAAAAAUAGAUAACAGUUUUAAUCAUUCUCUCCAGGGAAAGACUGGAGGAAGGAAAUAGAAAUGGUAAAUAUUUACAUAUUUUGACAUCAGAUACCAUUGGGAGGGUACACACAAUUGGGAUAUACAUGAACGGAGACCAGCUGCAUUUAGAUUGGGAUACCAAUGUCAAUGGAACAGCAGAUUAUUUUGUUUUAAAAACUUAACUUGCAUUAUGUGGACACUAUUUUUUUUCAUUUGAACAAGCAGCAAUUAUUGCUAUUGUAGAUUUAUGUUUCUUCUGCAUUGAUUAAUAGUAAUGUUUUUCUUCUUGAUUGCCUAUUGUUCUGUUGAAGACGGCAGAAGGAACUCCAAUAGAAAUCUAGCCACUUUGUACUCAUGUAAAGAAAUAAAUUGUAAUCAGAA